AUGUCGACUUACCCUGUUGCCUACAAUGGGACCGGCGCGAACGGUGGAGAUUCCCUCACUGAGGAUCUCAACAUUUUCUACAGCUCUGGUGAUAUCGCAUGGGUCAUUACAUCAACUGCCCUUGUUCUGUUGAUGAUUCCGGGUGUAGGGUUCUUCUACUCCGGUCUUGCUCGUCGGAAGUCCGCCCUUUCCCUGAUAUGGCUCUCGUUGAUGUCUAUUGGUGUCGUCUCAUUCCAAUGGUUCUUCUGGGGUUACUCCUUGGCCUUCUCCCACGGUGCCGGAAAAUACAUUGGUAACUUGGACAACUUUGGGUUCAAGGGUGUUCUGGGUGCCCCCUCAGUGGGUUCAACCAAGGUCCCCGACCUAUUGUUUGCUGUCUUCCAGGGAAUGUUCGCUGCGAUUACCGUUGCCCUUGCUGUCGGCGCGGUUGCAGAACGUGGUCGCAUGCUCCCCUGCAUGGUCUUCGUCUUCAUCUGGAGUACUAUCAUCUACGACCCCGUCGCCUGCUGGACCUGGAACGCCUCCGGUUGGGUGUUCCAGCUGGGAGGUUUGGACUUCGCUGGUGGCACCCCUGUCCAUAUAGUUUCGGGUACCACAGCUCUGGCUUACUCGUUGAUGCUCGGAAAGCGUCGUGGUCAUGGAACUCACGAGCUCAACUACCGCCCUCACAACGUUACUCAUGUGGUCAUCGGUACCGUAUUCCUCUGGGUCGGUUGGUUCGGUUUCAACGCUGGCUCCGCUCUCAGCGCUAACCUGCGUGCUGUGAUGGCUGCUGUGGUCACCAACCUGGCUGCCUCGGUUGGUGGUGUCACCUGGUGCUUGCUCGACUACCGCCUGGAGAGGAAGUGGUCGACUGUUGGCUUCUGUUCCGGUGUCAUUUCCGGCCUGGUCGCCAUCACCCCCGGAUCAGGCUUUGUGACUCCCUGGGCUGCGUUCAUCUUCGGUGUUGUCGGCGCCGCCGCUUGCAACUUCGCGACCAAGGUCAAAUACCUCCUCCGCGUCGAUGAUGCUCUUGACAUCUUUGCUGUGCACGGUAUCGGUGGUCUCGUUGGCAACCUCCUCACUGGUCUUUUUGCAGCUGACUACAUUGCUCACCUUGACGGCGCUACCGAGAUCGAUGGCGGCUGGAUCAACCACAACUACAUCCAACUCGGCUACCAGCUUGCUGACUCCGUUAGCGGCAUGGCCUACUCCUUCUUCGGCAGCUGUCUCAUCCUCUUCAUCAUCAACAUGAUCCCCGGCCUCAGCCUGCGUGUUCCGGAGGAGGAGGAAGUUCUCGGUAUUGAUGAUGCCGAGAUUGGCGAGUUUGCUUAUGACUACGUCGAGCUCACCCGUGAUGUCAUCAACGGAACCACCGAACCCAUGGACAGUGCCUCCAAGCGUAGCACUACCCCCACUGGCGCCGCCGAGCCAUCCUCCUCCCCUGAGCUCAAGGCGUAA